CAUCGUUGGGUUUAAUGAACUCAUUCCAGGAACAUGCGUAGUUGGAACAGUGAGACACCAUUCCUGGCUAUACGCAUGCGCUUACUUUCGUCUUUUCGGCAACUUACGGAACGCCGGCUGUUUCCUCUAGGAAGGCCCGUUGUCUCUCCUUAGAGCGCACGCGCUUGUAGGAGGAAACCGGAGAGAGAAAAAAAACAGUUCAUCAAACCAUCGAGUGAUGGAGAAUCGGUAGCCUAGAGCGGACCCCACUGGAGGAAGACCAAGGCGGCAAAAGGGAGCAACGAUCCGGCGCUCGGUUCUCCCGCGCUUCUGUGGCCACCCUGGCAAGAGUUCAGGCAGCUCCCGUCCCCUGGCCUGUAUUGCUCCCAGCUAGGCUGAUUUCUGUGUGACAACGUUCCCUACUUCGUCUCCUGGAAUCUUUUAAAAUAUUGCAGUGACUGGAGACAAAGGCCAACGCUGUGCCUGCAGCAGAGUGUAAUAGAAACCUGAGGGUAGUUUAUCUUGACGUCUCAGAGAGCUUCCACCUUGCUACUGUGACUGUGGUGCAAAUCCCUCAAGAUGCCAGCCGCACUUGCAGAAAAUAGUCAGGUGAUCUGUGAAGUAUGGGCAAACAAUCUAGAAGAAGAGAUGAGAAAAAUUCGGGAAAUUGUUCUUAGCUACAGCUACAUCGCAAUGGACACAGAGUUUCCUGGAGUAGUUGUUCGACCAAUAGGUGAAUUUCGCAGCUCUAUAGACUAUCAGUAUCAGUUGCUCCGAUGUAAUGUUGAUCUGUUGAAAAUUAUCCAGCUAGGCCUGACCUUCACAAAUGAGAAAGGAGAGUAUCCUGCUGGGAUCAACACGUGGCAGUUUAACUUCAAGUUCAAUCUUACGGAAGAUAUGUAUUCUCAAGACUCAAUAGAUCUGCUUGCAAGCUCUGGGCUGCAGUUCCAGAAGCAUGAAGAGGAAGGGAUUGAUACCUUGCAUUUUGCUGAGCUACUUAUGACCUCUGGGGUGGUGCUCUGUGACAAUGUCAAGUGGCUUUCAUUUCACAGUGGCUAUGACUUUGGUUAUAUGGUGAAAUUGCUGACAGAUUCAAGGCUUCCAGAAGAAGAACAUGAGUUCUUUCAUAUCUUGAACCUUUUCUUCCCAUCCAUAUAUGAUGUUAAGUACCUAAUGAAAAGCUGCAAAAACCUGAAGGGAGGCCUUCAGGAAGUUGCUGACCAACUAGAUUUGCAGCGGAUUGGACGGCAGCACCAAGCUGGAUCAGACUCGCUGCUUACAGGGAUGGCAUUCUUCAGAAUGAAAGAGUUGUUCUUUGAAGAUACAAUUGAUGAUGCAAAGUACUGUGGGAGACUGUAUGGCCUUGGUACAGGAGUGGCUCAGAAACAGAGUGAAGAUGUAGAAGCAGCUCAAGAGAAAAUGAGUAUUUUGGCUAUUAUCAACACUAUGCAACAGUGAUAACAGAAUGCUGUUCAAUAUGAGAUGGGUCCACGGAGGUAAACUGCCUCCUUUAAAACUGAUAUUCACAUUUCAAAACACAUGGUGGAAGACAUAGUGUUUUUAGAGGGCAAGAGGCAUCUUUACUUUGAAUCUUGGCAGAUUCUAAUAAGCUGUAUCAUAAUGGCUGGUAAAGUGUUAUGCUCUUAUGUUAAAAAAAAGAUCUACAGUGUAUAUACCUCCUUUUUCUUUUAAACCUUACUGAAUUUGCAAGGAGUAGGUCAUUUCAGAACUUUCAGCAGUGCUGAUGUUCUCAUGCACUUGCAGAUUCAGCUUUUGAAAGCUUAUUUUAAAACUUUUUUUGCUCUCUGUGAGGGUGAUGUGUUCCUAAGCCCUCUGCUAGCUUUUAUCUUUUGUGAAAGUCAUUCUGUGAAAGUGAUCCAUUUAGCCCUGGUGGUGGAGACAUAAUACAUGAGAUGUUUACAUCUGUUUUAGUAGCAGCCAUAAUGGUUGUGCUGGCUGGUAUUACAGCUGGCUUCUCCUUCCUUUAGAUUGCUGGGCCAUGUAUCGUAUAGCAGUAAGUUUCAUCUUAACUACCAUAGAAUGGAAUAAAACUGUCUGCGUGCUUGAGAUUGCAAUAACAGUCUGGACCAAAAAUGGUUUCACUCAAGUUACCCUUCUAACAGGAUGUACAGACAAUGGAUAAAGUCAUGCAUAUCUACCAAUGAAGGCUAGUACAGCUUUUAGAUUUCCCUUUUAUAGUACUUUGAAGAGCAAACCAGAUUGCUAAGUGGUUAUAGACUAAACGUGCAUUUAAUAGUUUUGCAAGUUUCAUACAAUCUUGAAAACCAAAAUCCUUUUGAGGGAGAGAUAAAAUCCUGAUAUUGUAUUUUUAACAAGCAUACUAACUCUCCAUUAUGUAAAAAAAGUAUUGCAAGUUGCAGUUAAAUGCUCAUGUAUAUAUAAUUGGUUCUUAAUUUUGUAAAAUAAAGA